AAAGUAUUUUUGAGCGAUUGGAUCCAUAUGAUAAAGAGAUGAAAGAAUAUUUUGUUAGUUUAUACAGGUAUAUGAGAAAGAUUGAUGAGAAUUGAAUUCAGGUAAAAUAUUGGGAGAAGAAAGAAGUGGAAUUGGAGGGAUUAUCAAAAAAAGAAAUAAAAAUAAUGAAAAAAACAAAAAUAAGUGUAUAUAGACUUGAUUAUUCAGCGAAAUUUAUUUGUUGUGAGAUGCGUUUUGGAUGGUCAGCAAUUAUUGGUAUGAUACCGGUUAUAGGGGAUAUAAUCAAUUUAUAUUUAUCAAUGAGAAUUGUAAAAAUUUACAUGAAAGCAGGAAUAUCUAAGGCUAUUGUGAUUGAAAUGUAUAUAAAUAUUAUUAUUGCAUUUUCGAUGGGACUAAUUCCUAUUAUUGGAGAUAUGCUUUUUGCUUAUUAUAAAUGUAAUAUCAGAAACUAUAUUAUAUUUGAAAAAGCAUUAAAAGAACGCAAAAAAAUAGAUUAAUAUUUGCAAUUAUAAUUUUUUAUUUCAAUAUUAGAAUUAAUG